AUGGCUUUUGCUUUGAAAUUGAUAGUACUUGUAAUUCUCCUCCUCUUCUCUUAUAGUGCUGAUAGUUUGAGCAGAGAUGACUUCCCUUCCGACUUUGUCUUCGGUGCAUCAACCUCUGCUUACCAGGUUGAAGGUGCAGCAAAUGAAGAUGGUAGGAAGCCAAGCAUAUGGGAUACCUUUUCCCAUGCUGGAAAUGCGAAUAUGUAUAAAGGUGAUGGAGAUGUUGCAUGCGAUGGAUAUCACAAAUAUAAGGAAGAUGUUGAACUCAUGGCUAAUAUGGGUUUAGAUGCCUACAGGUUUUCAAUAUCAUGGUCAAGACUUAUUCCAGAUGGAAAAGGACCAAUCAAUCUCAAAGGACUUCAAUAUUACAACAACCUCAUAAAUGAACUGAUAAGCCAUGGGAUCCAACCACAUGUUACACUGCACCAUUGGGACUUACCACAAGCACUUGAAGACGAAUAUGAAGGAUGGAUUAGUAAAAAUAUUGUGUAUGACUUCACAGCAUAUGCUGAUGUAUGCUUCAGAGAAUUUGGUGAUAGAGUUAAGCAUUGGACCACACUGAACGAGGUUAAUGUGUUUGCAAUGUUUGGCUAUGGUAUUGGAACAGCACCACCUCAGAGGUGUUCUCCUUUCUCUAUAGCUAAAUGCUCAAGAGGAAAUUCUUCAACUGAGCCUUAUUUGGCAGCACAUCAUAUGUUGUUAGCACAUGCUUCGGUUGCAAGGUUGUAUAACAAGAAAUACAAGGCAGUACAACAUGGGUUUAUUGGGUUGAAUCUUCUUACUAUUAACUUUGUUCCACUGACAAAUACUAGUGGAGAUAUUAUUGCCACUCAAAGCGCCCGAGACUUUUGGAUGGGGUGGGUACUAAAUCCAUUAACAUUUGGUGAUUAUCCUGAUAUAAUGAAAAGGAUUGUUGGCUCAAGGCUUCCUUCCUUCACCAAAAAAGAAUCAAAUCUGGUCAGAAACUCAAUUGACUUCUUAGGCAUAAACUUUUACUGCACAUUUUCUGUUAACAACUAUACCGAAAGUCUGAAAAUGGAAUAUAUAGAUUUCCUGCCAGAUAUAGCAGCAGAAAUUACAAUACUUCCUGAAAAUGAUACAUCUAUAAACAAGGUGCUAGAUUCCUUGAAGAAUGAUUAUGGAAAUUUUCCAAUUUAUAUACAUGAAAAUGGCCACUCAACACCUCACAAUUCAUCAUUGAAUGAUUUUUCUAGGAUAAAAUACUUGCAUAAAUACAUUGGGAGCAUAGCUAAAGCAGUAAAGAGUGGAUCAAAUAUAAAAGGUUAUUUUGUAUGGUCCUUUAUGGAUUUGUUUGAAAUAAUUGGAGGAUAUGAAGAAAGUUUUGGCCUAUACUACAUAGAUUUGAAAGAUCCAAAUUUGAAGAGAACACCUAAACUCUCUGCUAAAUGGUACUCAAGUUUUCUGAAAAAUAAAGCUAUCGACCCAAAAAUUAUUAUGGAAGUUGAGAGUGAUGCAUCUUAUCUAUAA